AUGUCGUCCAGCGGCGGCCCGUUCGAGGAGCGCUCCGUGAGCGUGCUGUGCUGCCGGUUCUGCCGGCAGGUGCUGAGCUGGCGGGGCAUGCGGGCGGUGCUGCUGGCCGACACCGACACCGACCUCUACUCCACCGACAUCCCGCCCUCGGGAACCGUGGAUUUCAUCGGGAGCUGCUACUUCACUGAGAUCUGCAAGUGCAAACUGAAGAACAUCGCCUGCUUGAAGUGUGGGAAUGUCGUUGGCUACCACGUGAUCUGUCCCUGCAAGCCCUGCCUGCUGUCCUGCAACAACGGCCACCUCUGGAUGUUCCACAGCCAGGCAGUGUUUGGCAUCAACAGGCUGGACCCUUCUGGUGUGAAUGUGUUGCAGUGGGGCAACCUGCCAGCUCUGGAGGAAAGCACAGAAGAAGACACGUCCUGCACCUCUGAGGAGGAGUUCAUCAGAUAAAUGUCACCUGCAGGAUCUUCCCUCCACCUGGCUCUUUGCUUUGGAUUUCUUUAAUUUCACCUGCUGGCCCAUCGGACCUUAAACAACAGAAAAAAAACCAGGAAAUCUGGAAAAAAAAAUCCAAAGAAAUUGAAUUCUUCUUGUUCUUUCCCUGUAACCUUCCCUGAAUCUGCCUGAGCAGAUACACCUUGGA